AUGAAUCGGGGCUUAAAGGGAUUAAUUGGUAAUAAUUGCUUAGUUUAUAUAGACGACAUAAUAGUUUAUGGAAAAACAAUCGAAGAGCAUAACAAAAAUUUAAGAAUAUUAUUUGAAAGACUUAGACAGGUCGGGCUAAAAUUACAACCCGAUAAGUGCGAAUACCUCAAACCGGAACUUGAAUAUUUAGGGUACGUUAUUUCGGAACAAGGCAUACAACCUAACCCUAAUCGAAUCGAGAAGGUAAAAACUUACCCAGUACCAAGAAAUCCGAAAGAAAUCAAACAAUUCCUCGGGUUAGUCGGUUACUACCGUAAAUUUAUCAAAGACUUUUCCAUGAUAGCGAAACCGUUAACACGAUUACUCCAAAAAUCCUCAACCUUUCAAUGGACUAACGAACAACAACAUUCUUUUGAAUCUCUCAAAUCAAAGUUAAUAACGCAACCUGUAUUAUCUUAUCCUGACUGGAACAGACCGUUUGUUUUGACCACUGACGCAUUUAAUGAGGCCAUCGGGGCAAUACUCUCACAAGGAACAAUAGGCAAAGACAAGCCAUUGGCUUUUGCCUCUAGAACGCUUAAUAAAGCAGAGACUCGAUAUAGCACUACGGAAAAAGAAUUACUCGCGAUUGUAUGGGCGACAAAACAUUUUAGACAAUAUUUAUACGGAAAAAAAUUUACAAUCGUAACGCACCAUAAACCUUUAGUCUGGCUAAUGAACGUGAAAGAUCCUAACUCCAGAUUAAUGAGAUGGAGACUUAAAUUAGAAGAAUUCGAUUACGAAAUUGUUUAUAAACCGGGAAAAACUAAUACUAACGCCGACGGACUGUCACGAAUUCCAGUAAAUGCAAUCGACUCCUAUCUUUCCGAUGAAGAUAUCGAACACAUAUUAUCAGACAUAAUAAAAGAGAAACGCGAAAUUAAGAUUGCUUUUAACAAAGAUCCAGUUCCGGGAUGGUUAAAUAUUGAUCCGAAAUCUGUCUCCUUGGAAAAUCUCUUAACUUUAAUAUCACCAAUCAUUGAGGAUACAAAUGCUGAUCCUGACAAAUGGACGUUAUAUUUCAUAGGACCUAUUAAUACCAAGACACGAAAUACUAUAGACGCUUUAAUUAACACGUACAACUUGCAGUCUAAAACUAAGACGAUAAUAGAAGAACGACCGUCUCAAUGGUUUGAAGAUAAGUUUCCACUACCAACUCCAACGAACGAAUACUUACCUGAAAACGAUUACGAAAUACAAAAGGGACCAUCAUCUUCUCCCUCAAUUCCAUCCUCAUCCAAACCAAAAAUGAAUAAACAAAUAAUAGUAAGAAAUCAAGUCGGUAGGCAAACCAAUAAAACAAUAUUAUUUAUCGAAACUCCUCCUGAAAUUACUAGAGAAAACGAAGUUUAUGUAUCUCCUCACGCAACUCACAGACAAUUAAGUAUUCAACUACAUGACUUUUUAACUGAAAACGAUCAUCAUCUAAAUAUAAUACACGAUCAGAAGGAAGUUAGUAAAUUGAUUUCAGUUAUCGACGAAUAUUAUCUUGGAGACAAAUUAUACAUUUACGUUUCUCAGUAUCUUCCAGAAAUUAAAAAUAAAAAUGAAAUUAUAUCGGAUGCACAUUCCGGCAUAUUAGGCGGUCAUUAUUCAACAGAAAAGACGCUUCAAAAGAUCAGACAAAAAUACAAUUGGCCAAACAUAACUGUUGACGUCAAAGAAUUCAUUGACAAGUGUGAAUUAUGUCAACUCAACAAGCCAGGUACUCAAAAACCUUACAUCUAUUUUUCUCCUGAUAUCCCACAAACUCCAAAUGACAAAAUAUCCAUCGAUAUCAUGGGACCGUUUGAAAUAACAAACAGAGGAAACCGGUAUAUCCUUGUUACCCAAGACUACCUGACACGAUAUAUUCUCGUAGAACCUCUAGUAGAUAAAUCUACGGCCGCGAUUAUUAGAGCCUUGUGGUACUCCUGGCUCAGAUAUUUCGGAAAACCUAAAGAACUACUUUCCGAUAACGCUUUAGAAUUUACUUCUAACGAAUUUAAGACACUUUUUCAAUAUCAAUUAACAGAUAUACCUAUGGACUUAAUAAAAGAAACUCAUAUUGAACCGGAACGAUUGCAAACUUUAGGCAAAACUUUAGAAGAAUUAGAUAACAUAGCGGAACGAAUAUCAACACAUCAAAGAACCAUUACAUGGUGUGAGCAUCGUCCACGUAUUUUAGGAAUGCACUUAGACAGAAUUAAGAUAUAUUGUUAUUAA